CACCAAAAUAUAGACAUCAUAAUUUGAAACAAAAAUUUUAUAGACUUUUCAAAUCUGUUUUUUUUCUUCUACGCACUGUAUAUCAUGACUAGAUAAAGUUCUAUUGGUUUGUUACCCUGGGUUGAACACGAUUUUUUUUUCUAAAAUUUUGUCAGACUGUAAUAAUUCUUCAAAUGUUUCUUACCACAAAGUUGCUUGGAAUAAAUAGUUUGUUGAAAAAGAGUUUAAUGUAAAAUUCAAUUUAUUGAUCAUUUGUCUAAAUCCGACUUUUGUUCUAAUUUUAUUGACCAACAAACUUUGGGCGAUGAUUUCCCUGAAGCUAAUGGACAUCAUUAUACGACUCAAAGUCGGUAUAAAGUUGGUGGAAUGAAGAAGAGUUGGCUAAAAUGUAUUGUUAAAAGGGAGAGGCUUAUACCUAUUCAGUGAUAAGAGAGAAUCGUUUCCAUACUUGAUAAAGCUUAGAUCAAUACUGAACCCCUAUUAUAUCAAACUCUGUCAUUAUUUAUGCAUAUUUUAUCGAAACGGAAUAUACAUUAAAAAAAAUGUUUUCUCAAUUUUCUUUUUCUGCCACCACAGAUUAAAGGGAAAGUAAAGGUUACAUUUAGAUUAAUAGACUAUUCCAACCCAUCUCACAACGAACUUGACGGUGGGUGCUGCGACCUAGUAUUAUUCAGUUGUGGCUCUGCUUGUGACAACAGAUUCAAUCUCUGUUUUGAUGAAUAUGGAGGAAAUAACAACAUGGCCCACUGUGAUUAUGGAAACUAUGUAACUAAGCGCCUGUAUGAAAACAAUGACGAUUUCAACUUUCCAAGUACCCUAAAUGACAAUUUGGUCAACCCAAUCAUAUUGACUAUCAAUCAAUGGUCGACCGGAUUCAGAUCCAAGAUUGAAGUUUGGGACUAUGACCAAUCGAACAGUGACGACAAGAUCGAUUAUUACGGAUACAAUUACAACUAUGUUCCGGCUAGAACAUCAGCUCUGGCAACAGAACACAUUGUGACCCUGAAUGGAGCCGGGACCUCACUAACGAGAGUUGGUGUAAAGGUUUAUUGUGAUGUGCACUACUACGGAACAUCUUCAGGCUGUAACACAUAUUGUUUAGCAAGAGACAACAAUCAGGGCCAUUAUGAUUGCAACGAUAUUACAGGAGCUAGAAUGUGUCACGCCGGAUGGACUGGAUCGUACUGCCAAAUUGAAAUCAAUGAAUGUCAGUCGAAUCCGUGUGAAUCGAACGCAGUCUGCACAGAUCUUUUGGAUGAUUAUUCAUGCAACUGCCCACUUGGUACGGAAGGUAAGAACUGCGUUGACAUCACCGAAUGUUCUUCUAGCCCCUGUGAACAUGGCGGUACGUGCCUGGACAGACUGAACUACUACGAGUGUCAGUGUACCGGGGAGUAUAGCGGUGCUAACUGCGAAUUGGACAUUGACUUCUGCCAAUCUAACCCCUGUAAAAAUGGUGGAACUUGUCUGGGCGAAAAUGACAGUGGACUUCUUGAGUGCGCCUGCGCUGCUGGUUAUACAGGUGUCUUCUGUGCCCAAGAUAUCGACGACUGUAUCGGAGUAGACUGUUUAAAUAAUGGCACCUGUCAUGAUGGCGUUGAUCAGUUUACAUGCAAUUGCACAGAUGGGUAUGGAGGAACAUUUUGUCAAUUGGAUGUUCGAGACGAGUGUGCAUCUGACCCAUGCCAAAACAACGCAUCGUGCGUCGAUAAGGUUGGUGGAUAUAUUUGUGUAUGUCAAGCUGGUUUUCAGAGUGACCACUGCGAUGAAGACAUCAAUCAAUGUGAUCCGAAUCCUUGUUCUUAUGGUAACUGUACCGAUCGAGUGGGAAGAUACACCUGCGAAUGUCUGCCUGGCUACUCCGGAGAGAAUUGUACAAUCAACAUAGACGACUGCAUGGGUAACAUGUGCGAUAAUAAUUCAACGUGCCAAGACCAUGUGAAUAAUUACACAUGUAUUUGCAUGGCAGGGUAUACAGGCGUUUACUGUGACGCCGAGAUAGAUGAAUGUUCGAGCUCACCAUGUCAAAAUAAUGGAAUAUGCCAGGACAGUGUCAACAGUUUCACAUGCCAAUGCGCGUCGACGGGAUAUCAAGGUCAAUAUUGCGAAAUCGACAUUGAUGAAUGCCAGGAUAGUAGUACAUGCCCAUCCGACACGAUUUGUGAUAAUGUAAACGGAAGUUAUAAUUGUAACGCCAUACCUAUGGAACCUACUUCUAUCCCGGGACUGUGUCUGACCAGACUUUGUUAUAAUGAUGGAAUAUGUUCACUCGUCAAUGGAAGCUACCAAUGUGUAUGUUCAGAUGACUUUACUGGCGAAUUCUGUGAGACUCCCACAGAACUCUGUGCCGAAAAUACAUGCAAUUAUGGAACCUGCCAAGUCUUUACAGCGGGUAACGGCUCGGUGUAUUACACAUGCAUCUGCCAGGAGGGGUAUAGCGGAACAAAUUGUCGAAACAUGGAACAACCCAUGAUAACAUGUCCAGUUAUACCCAUACUACCAACCGAGGAAGGUGAAUCUUACGCAACGGUUUCCUGGGAAGAACCGUCCAUCUCCAAUGGCACCAUCACUAAUAAUUCUGGAUCAGUUCAGCUCAUAUUUCUUGGUCCAGGGAGUAAUGGAGGAAACUUCGAAAUCGGAGCUCAUGUCUUGACAUAUUUGGUUAUCGAUGAAGCAGGCAAUUCCAAUAAUUGUUCAUUCUUCAUUGACGUCAUAGACACAUCGAUUGAUCAGUGCUCCCAGCUCCUAAGAAAACUGCCUAACAUCUUAUUUGGAUUGAGGAUGAUGUGA